AUGUCUUCGUCUAUCUUCUUCCGCUUCAAGUCUCGCAAGGAUGCUCUUCAGAUCAACUUCGACGGCGCAAGUUUGUCUGUGUUUGAGGUCAAGCGUGAGAUUAUGAGUAUUGCCCGACUGGGAGACGGCAAGGAAUUCGAUCUCGAUAUUUAUACAUCUGACAGCAACGAAAUUUACGAUGAUGAUACUACCGAAAUCCCAAGAUCAACAACUGUCAUUGUUCGGCGACAGCCUGCACAACGACCAGGAGCUGGGCGUGCUGCUCGCUAUGUCACUGGUCAAAUGCCCAUCCACGCGAAAAAUGCACGUCGCAUCGAGCCCAGUGCCCGAGCUAAUGGUGUUACUAUGAAUGGUGGUCCGGGUGACGGCAAAGCCAUGACUGAGGAGGAGAGACUGCAAGCUGUAAUGAGUGCUAGCAAUAUUCAAUUGAAAGCAGACCUGGAGAUGUCGGCCGGAAAGCCUGUGAUGCGAAAUAACUUCGCCAAAGCGGCGCCCGUUCCUGACAAGCCGUUGCCCUCUAGCUACGUCUGUCACCGUUGUGGCGAGAAGGGUCACUGGAUCCAGGCCUGUCCCACCAAUACUGAUCCGAAUUACGAUGGUAAGCAUAAGUUCAAGCGCACCACCGGUAUCCCGCGCUCUAUGCUUGAGGUUGUUGAGAAACCGGAGGGCGUUGGUGAAGACGGCAAGAUCGAUCCUUCCAAAUUGGACAAAGGUCUGAUGUAUACUGCCGACGGUGAAUGGGUGCGUGCAAGACCAGAUCAAGCUGCCUGGCAGAAGUUCCAAGACCAACAAAAUGCCACCAACGAAAAGAAAAAGGAAGCGGCGCAAGGCGACGAAGAACUACGCGAGCGUGGUCUAGAAUGCCCAAUCGACAAACGACCUUUUGCGGACCCUGUCAAAACGCCUUGCUGUGGUCGGACGUACUGUCGUAAUUGCAUCGAGAACGCUGUAUUAGAUGCUGAUCUCACAUGCCCCAACUGUGGUGAACAAGUGCUGCUUGACAAUCUCGAAAUCGACAGCGAGGCCGUUACAAAGCUUGCAGAAUUCGAGGCUGAGAAGAAGAAUGAGAAGAACGUACCAAAGGAAGAAGAAGCCGCCAAAAGUCCUGUUGCCACGGUCGCCGCUGAACUUUCUACACCACAAAAAAUCGGGUCUCCUACACCUGCAACAAGCCGAUCUCCAGCCGCGUCGCCCACGAACUCACGAAAGCGUGGCGCCAGUGAAGAAUUGGAGAACACUCGCAAACCCAUUCCUCCCACGGAGAACGACAACCCCUCAGCCACCUCUACAACCACUCCCGCGCCGUCUGUCGUAGCACCGCCCACAGGUCCAUCGCAGCCUGCUACCAAAGUUCAACCACCUACUGCGCCAAAGUCGAUGAACGAGUUCGUUAACCAAAUGAACAACAUGACUGGCGGCAACGGGACGCCAAAUUCAAACGCUCAAAACCCAAUGGCUAAUUUCAUGAAUCCCAUGAUGGCUGGCAUGGGAAUGGGCAUGCCGAUGAAUAUGCAGAUGGGCAUGGGGGGAAUGGGCAUGGGUAUGGGCAUGCCAGGAUUCCCCAUGAUGAACGGUUUUCCCGGGAUGAACAUGGGCGGCUAUCCGAACGGCAUGGGAAUGAACAUGAACGGUGGAGGGGGAGGAGGAAACAUGGGCUGGCAGCAGCAACAGCAGAAUUUCCAACAACAGCAGGGUUUUCAUCAACAACAAGGCUAUCAACAACAGCAGCCUUGGAUGAAUAAUAAUGGUGCCAACGGCAAUGGCGCGAAUGACGGCGCGUAUUUCCGUCAGCCAGUCAAUCCCCACCGUCACCAAGGCAAGCAGCGUAGACAGAGGAGUGUGGAUUACAAGCAGAUGUGA